AUGAAUCUGAGUGUAAACAGUAGAAAUAUCAACUGUAAUUACAAUGAUCCUAAGUCACCUGAAUUGAAGAAAUUUAGGUCUAAAAAGAGUUCGAUUGAGGCAAAUUAAAGUACUCAGAGUAAAAGCAAACAAUAUCUGACAUUCGAUUCAUUUCGAACUUAAACUAGAUUGAAGAUGUAAAGAAAUGUGUUUUUCAAUUAGGACAGCUCUACAAUGUUUGGGACUUAAAUGUUUGACAGCCCAUAUUUGAACAGCACCUUUGCAAAAGACCAAACACCGGCUAAGAUAUAAAAUAUUUUGACGAUGAAUGGCUCUGUGUUGCAAGGUGAUAGCCCAUAUUUGGAUAAACUUAAUUAAUCUUUACAUUCUUAACUAGCUAGAUCUUUUAGUAAAUAAGAAAAAAAUGACAACAAAAUGGCUGAGAAACUUAAAAUAAAUAUGGGGUUCUUAUCCUUCAAAAAAGCAAAGAGACUUUCCCCACAGAAAUUUUAGUUCAAACAAUCAGAAAAGCAUGAAUUCCAAAAUGCAAAUUAAAAGUUUUUCAAAUAGAACCCUUAACUACUUGAAUUCAUGAAAACAUAUCAAGCAAAACCAGAUGAUAAGAAAGAUAAAGAUGAAAAAGGUAACAAGUUUGGCAAUGAAUAUGAUGAUUAGACCAAUCAAAACUCUCCUAGCAGGAAGAAAAAGCUGGAAGAGGAUUCAAAUGUGCUAUUCAUGAAUAAGCGAAUGAAAAAUGUCAAAGAAAAAAGUCUUCUCACUGUAGAUAAAAGAGCUCUUGGAAUUUAUGAUAGAUUUAACGAUUCUAUAUAUGCUCAGCAGAACACUAGUAAAUCUCCACCUACUGGCUAAUAUUUCAAGUAUAAUACUCCUGUUAGAGUUGCCUAGAACAGUAAGCAGUUAGUGUUUAUGAAGGACUCCUAAUUUGAAUAGAAUAUAAUACCCUAGGAGCAUCUAAAGAAAACCAAAGAUGAGAUUAAAUUCAGAAAAACUGUGAGGACUGAAAAUUUAAAGCAGUUUGGAAACAACUUUAAAGCUUAAAACAACUAAUAAUGA